AAGAAGCUAUCGCAGUAAUAAAAGAUCACGAUCAGGAUCACGCUAAUUUACUUGCAAAUUCUUUUGUCGUCUCAGAUGCCGAGAUCAUUGGCACAUUGUUGGAACAUCAUAUGACUUUAUAAACAUAUCCUUCUUUUCUUUCUCUCCCUUUCCUUUUCCCCGCCGUAAAAGCUGUCGUCAAUUCGGUAAAAGCACCAAACACCAUUUUUUUGCUCCCUCACCAAACUUCCAAAAACAACUGAGUUCAAGUACAGUUUAAGGUUGCCGGCCGGCAUUGAUUUAUUUAAUUUAAAUGUGGACGACGAUUUGAUCUGUUAUGCUCUGUCUUCUGAGUUGGAAUUAUUAACUGGAUUUGGUUUUGUGACGUUUGUUGUUUAGUAGGUUAAAAUCCUUAUCUGUGUUGGACUCAGUCCUGUUUGCUCCCUCUGUUGAGAGAGGUUGACACUUGACGGCGUCAGACACGCGCUUGGUUGUUUUUGUCUCUGAGUUGUGUGUGGGGGUGUUGAAUUACAGGUGCUGUAGUGUUGUUCAUUGCCAUGGCUUCUAAAUUCAAGCAUGGAUCCUCCAUGGUUCGGAAUAUCACGCAGCUGAGCAAUGAUUUGGAUCAGGAAGGUGAAAAUGGGAGUGUUGGCCUUGCUACCUACACGGUUCAUAUUCCUCCAACGCCUGAUAACCAGCCUAUGGAGAUUUCUCUGGAGAGGUCGAGUUCUCGGAGAGCGGAGGAUCAAUACGCUUCUAGUUCUUUGUUCACCGGCGGUUUUAACCAGGUCACACGUGCCCAUUUGAAGGACAAGGUGAUUGAGUCUGAAUCCAGCCACCCCCAGAUGGCUGGUGCAAAAGGGUCCGCUUGUGCAGUGCCUGGGUGUGAUGGAAAGGUCAUGACUGACGAAAGAGGGUUGGAUGUAGUCCCUUGUGAGUGCGGUUACAAGAUUUGUAGGGAUUGUUACAGAGAUGCUUUGAGGGCUGGUGAGGGGAUCUGCCCUGGUUGCAAGGAGCCUUACAAUGAGCCUGAGGUGAAAUCACAGACACUGCCUUUGCCUCCUGGUGCUGGGGUUAAUAAGAUGGAGAGGAGGUUGUCGUUGAUGAAAUCAGGGGCGUUGACGAGGAGCCAGACUAAUGAGUUUGAUCAUGCUCAGUGGUUGUUUGAAAGCAAGGGGAGUUAUGGAUAUGGGAAUGCUAUGUGGCCUAAAGAGUCUGAACCUGAUGCCGAUACUGCUUCUGAUUGGAUGGAGGGUGAUCCGAAUGUAUUCAAUGAAAAGCAGUGGAAGCCCUUGACCCGGAAGUUGAGUAUCUCUGCUGCAAUUCUCAGUCCUUAUCGGCUCAUGAUAUUUGUUCGGCUAGUGAUUCUAGUUUUCUUUCUAAAGUGGAGGGUCCAAAACCCCAAUGAUGAUGCAGUCUGGCUGUGGGGCAUGUCAGUGGUAUGUGAAAUCUGGUUUGCCUUCUCCUGGGUGCUUGACCAGUUUCCUAAGCUCUUCCCCGUAAAUCGUGUUGCCGAUCUUGAUGUUUUGAAAGAGAAGUUUGAAACUCCUAAUCCCGCCAAUCCCACUGGGAAGUCUGAUCUUCCGGGAAUAGACAUGUUUGUGUCAACUGCUGAUCCAGAAAAAGAACCACCACUUGUUACUGCCAAUACCAUUCUUUCCAUUCUAGCUGCUGAUUAUCCUGUUGAGAAACUCUCAUGCUAUGUCUCUGAUGAUGGUGGUGCGCUCCUAACUUUUGAGGCCAUGGCAGAGGCUGCAAGUUUUGCCAACUUGUGGGUUCCUUUUUGCCGGAAGCAUGACAUUGAACCCAGGAACCCAGAAUCUUAUUUUAAUCUCAAGAGAGACCCUUACAAGAACAAAGUACGCUCUGACUUUGUGAGGGACCGCAGACGAGUAAAGCGUGAGUACGAUGAGUUCAAGGUUCGGAUUAAUGGCCUUCCUGAUUCAAUCAGGCGGCGCUCUGAUGCUUAUAAUGCUAGUCAAGAAAUGAAAGCCAUGAGGAAACGGAGAGAGAAUGGAAAUGAAGAACCUUUGGAGAAUUUGAAAAUUCCUAAAGCUACAUGGAUGGCUGAUGGUACUCACUGGCCGGGGACUUGGACAAAUGCUGCACCAGAGCAUUCCAGGGGUGAUCAUGCCAGUAUCAUACAGGUAAUGUUAAAACCCCCAAGUGAUGAACCACUGACUGGCACAGCAUCAGAUUCAAAUGCCUUGGAUUUAACUGAAGUUGAUAUUCGUCUUCCUAUGCUUGUCUAUGUUUCUCGUGAAAAACGACCCGGCUAUGAUCACAACAAAAAGGCUGGGGCCAUGAAUGCCUUAGUUCGAGCCUCAGCCGUAAUGUCCAAUGGCCCUUUCAUUCUCAAUCUUGAUUGUGACCAUUACAUAUAUAAUUCUCAGGCCUUGAGAGAAGGAAUGUGCUUCAUGAUGGACCGUGGUGGAGACAGGCUCUGCUAUGUCCAAUUUCCUCAAAGGUUUGAAGGGAUAGACCCCAAUGAUCGCUAUGCCAAUCACAACACUGUCUUCUUUGAUGUCAAUAUGCGUGCUCUUGAUGGAAUUCAGGGUCCCGUGUAUGUUGGCACAGGGUGCCUAUUUCGAAGAACUGCUCUAUAUGGCUUUGAUCCACCCCGGAUCAAGGAAGAGACUGGUUGGUUUGGUAGAAAGAAUAAGAAAUCCUCAACAGUGGCAUCUGUCUCUGAAGCUGGUGCUGAGGAACAGUCAUUGAGGAAUAAUGACAUUGAGGAUGAAGAAAUGGUCACUGCUCUUGUUCCCAAGAAAUUUGGCAACUCCAGUCUUCUUGUUGAUUCAAUCAGGGUGGCUGAGUUCCAAGGGCUGCCCCUUGCUGAUCAUUCAUCCAUCAAAUAUGGUCGUCCACCUGGUGCUCUAACACUCCCUCGAGAUCCUCUUGAUGCUGCUACUGUUGCUGAGGCCAUCAAUGUGAUCUCAUGCUGGUAUGAGGACAAGACUGAAUGGGGCAUUAGAAUUGGAUGGAUUUACGGGUCAGUUACUGAAGAUGUUGUGACAGGUUAUAGAAUGCACAAUAGAGGAUGGAGAUCUAUAUAUUGUGUGACAAAAAGAGAUGCAUUCCGUGGCACUGCCCCAAUCAAUCUCACAGACAGGCUUCACCAGGUUCUUCGGUGGGCAACAGGCUCAGUUGAGAUCUUCUUUUCACGCAACAAUGCUCUUUUGGCAAGCUCUAGAUUGAAAUUUCUGCAGCGGAUUGCUUACCUAAAUGUUGGAAUCUACCCUUUCACUUCCAUCUUCCUUAUUGUGUAUUGCUUCCUUCCUGCCCUUUCACUUUUCACUAACCAGUUCAUUGUUCAAAGCCUUGAUGUAAAUUUCCUAGUUUACCUCUUGGGGAUAACCUUGACCCUUGUCAUCCUUGCUGUUUUGGAAAUCAAGUGGUCUGGCAUUGCGCUCGAAGAGUGGUGGAGGAAUGAACAGUUCUGGUUGAUUGGAGGCACCAGUGCUCAUCUUGCUGCUGUGCUUCAGGGUCUGCUGAAGGUGAUGGCUGGCAUUGAGAUUUCAUUCACUUUAACAUCAAAAUCUGCUGGUGAUGACGAAAAUGACGAAUACGCUGAUCUCUAUGUCCUCAAGUGGACAUCUCUUAUGAUACCACCAAUCACAAUCAUGAUGGUUAAUUUGAUAGCCAUUGCAGUUGCAGUUAGCAGAACAAUAUACAGUGAGGAUCGUGAAUGGAGCAGUUUGCUUGGAGGUGUGUUUUUCAGCUUUUGGGUUUUGGCUCAUUUGUAUCCCUUUGCAAAAGGGCUAAUGGGUAGAAGGGGUAGGACACCCACCAUUGUGUUCGUAUGGUCUGGUCUAAUAUCAAUCACUAUCUCACUCCUUUGGGUUGCCAUUGAUCCUCCCUCUGGUACCACUCAAAUUGGAGGGUCAUUCCAAUUCCCUUGAUUUCUAGUGCACACUUUUCAUGUAGCACUUGUAAUUAGUUCAAACCGGCCUUGCUGUUCAUCAGAUUUUGUAGUUACCAUUCAUUGUUCGACAAGCUAUUGCUUCUCUUUUCUUCAUCAUACUAGAAGGAAUGAAUCAUACAUUUUUUUUUCAUUA